UGAUGUCAGUGUGUGGUCAGAACUCGGGGGCAAAGUGAAAUGUGCAUGUGUUUUGAUGGGAUCAGCUGCUCCUGUCAGGCACGUAGGAGAAACAGUCUGGAUACUCUGCCCUCUUCAGUUUCCGGCCGUUAAUGAAGAUCUCACCCAGCAGAGUCGCUCGGUGGCCGAUCCUCCCCGAGAUGGCGUCUAACAACGUGGUCUUUCCUGAGCCUUUACAACACAAACACACACAAAUAAGUACAUAUAUGCGCACAGUCAUUUGUUUUAGAUUUGUAUUCACAGUGUUUGGGUUCUCUUUCAAUUGUGUAGACUGGACAUGAGCAAACAUAUAUCUUCUCUUGGGUUCAGUGUCUAAUACCUUAACCACUCUUUCAUCAGAAAAUGUUCUUACAAUUGAACCACUGUUAAUAUCAAAUAGAUUUUUUACUAAUUAAAUGUCUUUGUUUAAUCUUUGGACUGAGUGGAGGGUGGACCUGAGUUUCCCAGUAUGCCCAUGAUCUGCCCGCUGUCUACGUGGAAGGAGACAUCGUUUAGGAUCUGACGAGUCCAUCGCUUCCUGUAGGUAGCAGUUACCUGACUGUGUAGGAGAUGUUCCUGACGCUCAGACUGCAGGAGGGCUCCGACCGCUCCUCUCUACUGUCCCUCCACACACUCCUCUUCUCCUCCGACACAUAACUGAAGGAUUCUUUAACUUUGCUCCUGUCCUCUGGCUCCUCCGCCUGCACCGAGUCAAUGUUGUUCAUGUCUCUGGCCCGUCGGUCGCAAACCACAUCCACACGACAGUUCUAUCAAGUCCGUCUCAGAUCAGUGGUUUCAUAUCCACUAGUAAACAGCGUGCAGAGCUCUAAACUGGAGUUACAGUCGGAGCCUUUUCUAUCCCUGCCUUCAUUCCCUGUACGGAGCAGAAGUGCGAGAGCCGUGGAGUCUCUGCUGGAACCAUAAACACACAGUGAACGUUGUGUUAUCUCAGGGAACUUUGAUCUGCCGUUGUAUAAAGAAGAGAAAAAACACAAGCAGAGUUUACUGACUGGAUGUCAGUCUCUCCUCGGUCCUCGAAUCGUGCACAGCGACCAGGGGAGCUCCGACUGACGGGUCCGAUCCGACGGGCCACUGACAUGGCACGGGUUCGGACACUUUAAGUGAAAAGGCUUUUGAGCUGAGACACAAGGAGACCUUCAGCUGGACUGGAGUCAAACUACCAAACAGGGAGAAGACACAGUGAAAGGAAGGGAGGAAGGAAAAGACCUCAAAGGGGAAGAGAGAGGGUUCUGGCAGAAGAGGGAAAAGGGUCGACGUUGACCUCUUGACCCGACAGACCAGCAACUUGCAUCAUUAUGGACACGGACAUAGACAUGGGCCUCGACCACAGAAAAGACUCCUCACAGCAGCAUCCGGACACCGAGUUGUUCUCCUCUGAGGAAGACAGCAGUCUGUACUUCACCUACAGUGGGGGGUGCAACGAGCUGGAGGUCAACGACCUGCACUGUGAGGUGGACACUGCGGCUCAGAUCCCCUGGUACGAGAGGCUGUCAGAGUUCAAGCUGCCGUGGGAGAUGAAAGGAAACAAGCAGACGGCCAUCAACAAACUCAGCCUGCGAGUCCGCAGCGGUCAGAUGCUGGCCAUCAUCGGCAGCUCAGGUUGUGGUAAGACGUCUCUGCUGGACAUCAUCACGUGUCGGGACGAGGGCAGCACCACGACGUCCGGCCAGAUCCUGAUCAACGGGAAGCCCAACACGCCGCAGCUGGUGAAGAAGAGCAUCGCUCACGUCCGCCAAGACGACCGGCUCCUCCCUCACCUCACCGUCCGAGAGACCCUCGCCUUCGUGGCCAAGCUGAGGCUCCCCACCCACUACACCCAGGCCCAGAGAGACCAGCGGGUGGAUGAUGUCAUCGCCGAGCUGCGGCUGCGACAGUGUGCUCACACCCGGGUGGGAAACGACUACGUGAGGGGGGUGUCCGGGGGAGAGAGGAGGAGAGUCAGCAUCGCUGUCCAGCUUCUCUGGAACCCAGGUAUUUUGAUCCUGGACGAGCCCACGUCCGGCCUGGACAGCUUCACGGCUCACAACCUGGUGAUCACGCUGUCCCGCCUGGCCCGGGGCAACCGCCUGGUGCUGCUGUCCGUCCACCAGCCGCGAUCGGACAUCUUCCAGCUGUUCGACCUCGUGGUCCUGCUGUCGUCGGGCUCGGCAGCUUACUGCGGCGCUGCUCGGGACAUGGUGCCUUACUUCACCGCGCUGGGAUACCCCUGCCCGCGGUUCUGCAACCCCUCCGACUUCUAUGUGGAUCUGAUCAGUAUCGAUCGGCGCAGUGCAGAGCGGGAGGCCGAGUGUCUGGAGCGAGCCCGACUUCUGUCUGAGCUCUUCAUGGGAAAGGUCCGAGACACACACGACCACAUGUGGAAACCUGCUGGGACCAACGCAGCAGCAACACACACUGAAAGCCCUCAGACGGCCGAGGGAGAGGAAGUCAUCACAAUCUCCAAGCAGAGAAACAGACUGCCGGGCCGACUUCACCAGUUUACCAUCCUCAUCAGGCGUCACAUGUACAACGACUUCAGGGACCUGGUCACCUUACUGGUCCACGGCUUCGAGGCCCUGCUCAUGUCCCUGCUGGUCGGUUGUCUGUACUACGGGGCAGGAGCCGAGCGUCUGUCCAUCCAGGACACUGUGGGCCUCCUCUACAUGAUCGGAGCGCUCACCCCGUUUGCUGUGGUGCUGGACGUCAUAGCUAAAUGUCACACAGAGAGAGCCAUGCUGUACCACGAGCUGGAGGACGGAAUGUACUCGGUCACAUCCUACUUCUUCGCCAAGAUCCUGGGGGAGUUACCAGAGCACUGUGUGUUCACACUGGUCUACGGGGUUCCCAUCUACUGGCUGGCGGGGCUGAACGGGGCUCCGGACCGGUUCCUGCUCAGCUUCCUGCUGGUGUGGCUGAUGGUUUACUGCAGCCGAGCCAUGGCUCUGUUCGUGGCCGCCUCGCUGCCCACCCUGCAGACCUCGGCCUUCAUGGGCAACGCCUUGUUCACCGUCUUCUACUUGACCGGCGGGUUUGUCAUCAGCCUCGAGAACAUGUGGCUCGUGGCUUCCUGGUUCUCUCACAUCUCCUUCAUGCGAUGGGGUUUCGAGGGCAUGCUGCAGGUGCAGUUCAGAGGGAACAAGUACCCGGUCGGCCUCGGGAACAUCACGAUCAACGUUGACGGAAUACACAUGGUAGAGGCCAUGAACAUGAACCAGUACCCUCUGUACCUGUGCUACCUGGUCCUGCUGGUCGUCUGUCUGGUCUUCAUGGGCCUCUACUACGUGUCUCUGAAGUUCAUCAAGCAGAAGUCCAGUCAGGACUGGUGAACACAUCUGGACUGGUUUCAGCAAAUAGACCAAACAUAAUCGAAAAUUUGUUUUUUUUUCAGAACUGAAAGGAAGUCAUUUCUAGUUCGACUGGUUCGACGCUGAGCCUUCCGAAAUUUUAAUUUAGAAGAUAACGCUCAAAUAUGUCAAAUGUAUUUUUUAAUUGUUUUUACUUUUGACUAUAAUUCCCCAUUAAAGAAAAUUCUUCACUUUAGAAAAAGUAGAAAAACAUAAAAUAUCCGCAUUGGCACAUCAGCAGAAUUUAAACUGUAUAAAAAACAAUGUCAACAAACAUCAGGUGUUUACAGUUCAAACAAGGGAACGAUUGAGAAGCAUCUGUCGCAGUACCGCUGUCUGCUGCUGGGUGGCAGCAGAGCACCGCAGUAACACCCCGGUUCAGGCUGGUUUCCCUCUCUAUCGGAGUCGCCGCCACUAUGGCUGAUUUCCAUCUGCAGCUUUUGCUUGUUCCAUUUUCAAUCUUCUUUUUUCUACAGCUUUAUCUUUUGUAUAUGUCAGGUUAUUAAGCUUAACCAUGUCUGUGCCAGUAUAGGAGGCACUGGAGAGAAGACCAGAGGAGAUUUAGUAAGUCACACUUAGAACAAAGAAAAAGAAAAAAGAGCUUGAGCUUGUGUGUCCUCAUAGAUUGAAGAUUAUGUAAACUGUGUUUUUUUGCACUGGUGCAAAAGCCUGAUAAAUAUUUCACCGACAUGGUUCAAGUCCAAAUUAGUAAAGUAUUAAAUCAAA